GAAGCAUACAUAGCUUUUCCUCAUCGUUACCCCAAAGCGGACAGCUAUCAUGAAGCUUCACUACCUUCUCACACUCCCCACAUUCUCUCUCCUUACCAGCGCCGACCCCUUUGACCCAAAGUCCGUCAGCCUCUUCAGCCCCAUUACCUUCUACUGCCCCGGGGACGCCGUCAUCAACCUCUCCGCCGACAGCACAGUAGUUACAAUCCGAUACGAAGCACCAGGCCGUUGGGGCCAGAAGAAUCUGAUCUGGGAGGCAGAACCAUCAGCAUGUUUUGUGCAAGUCCCGCUGAGGUUUCGUCCUGAUACGUGGAACUCCGUUAGUAUGGUCGGGUUGCAGUAUGCCGCGAGGAAAUUGGUGGGAGAGGCGAAGGCGAAGGCCGUGUGGAGUUAUCCGGCUAUUGGUGUGAGUGGUGUGACGGCUCCGACGUACUUCCCGGCUUAUACCUUCCCCAACUCGACCUCUCGCGAUCCGGGUCCACUGCUCGCAAAUACAACCUACGACGUCGGCGCGCGGUGCUGCAACUGUGGCGAGAUUCGGCUCAACGUACGCACUGUGUUCGACAAGUCGCUGGCGCUAGUGGACGGGAACGCGGUGGAGCAGAAGGUGAAGCUGGCGUGGGACGACGAUUGCAAGAAGCCGGAUGAGCUGGAUCCGUGUUUGAGGACGGAUGUAGAUGGGAAGGUGGAUGCGAGGUUGGGUUGUAAAUCGUGA